ACAUACAAAUCAGGCAAUACAACUAACCUGUCAAACCAUUUAAAACGAAAACACGGACUCGAUAUGACCAAAACUUCGGAAGAAACUCUGACCAAAAAACGAACCAAAAACGAAGUUAACGAAUACAAAUUCUGGGCAAAUGAAACUUACUGAGGUCAUGAGACAGGUAAAAUUGACUGCUUGUCAUUCCGGUGCUAUUUCUCUAGCUAUCGGGGGAUACUUAGCUUGUGACAUGAGGCCAUUCUCAACUGUUCAGAAUGAGGGAUUUAAAAAUAUGAUUCACAUGCUUGAGCCCAGAUACACAUUACCCUCGCGCACGUACUUCUCCAACACAGUACUGCCAGCAAUAAUGAGAAACGUAGUCGCGAGAGUUAAAAAAACACCUGAAAGAAGCUGAAACACUAUCCAUUACAACUGAUGCAUGAACGUCAAGGGCGACCGAAAACUAUGUUGCAGUAACGGCGCAUUUUAUUGACAGAGAUUGGACAAUCCAAAAUUACACUCUAGAAACGAAGAAAUUCAGUGAAUCCCACACGGCAGAAAACUUAGCUGAAAGUUUGUCAUUGACUAUUGAUGCAUGGGAGCUUUCAAGAAAUGGGCGAGGUCCUGCUAUCACCACAGACAACGCUAGUAAUAUUGUUAAAGCUGUCAAAGAAGCUGGUUUGGAACCACACAUUGGCUGCUUCGCCCAUACAAUUAAUCUGGCCACUCAGCGUGGGUUGAAAGUCAACCAAGUAGAGACUUUUGGGAGAGUGAGAAGGGUGGUAAACUUUUUUUCACAAGAGCACAUCUGCAACAAGCAAACUUACUGUAAUGCAGCAAAAACUUGACUUGAAAACUCUAAAACUUAUAGGUGAUGUUCCCACGCGAUGGAACUCAACGUACGAUAUGUUACAAAGAUAUUUGGAACAGCAAGCUGCUGUCUUUGCCACCCUCAUAGACAUUAGAAGGAAUGUCAAAGAUCUUGUGACUCUGAAUGAUGAUGACAUUACAAAAAUAGAGAAAAUUAUCCAGGUUCUGAAACCAUUGAAAACAGUCACCACUUUGAUGUGCAGCCAGAAAAACCCUACAGUUUCUCUCAUACAUCCCCUGAAGGAGAUGCUGCUCAAACAAUUGCAAGUCAAACCAGAAGACAGUGACCUGGUGUCAGAAUUAAAAUCAACUAUCAGCAAUGACCUUCAGCCAAGAUAUUGCAAGGAGGAUGUGUUGAAGUUCUUGCUACAUGCGUCAGCCCUUGACCCCAGAUUUAAGGCUCUGCCUUACCUUACAGAAGCACAGAGGCAUGAGGUCUAUCACUCAAUUGGACAGAAAGCUGUUAAGGUGAAGACUGAGCCAGCUGAGCCCACUGAUGGUACUGAACCCAGACUCCCCAGCAUUCCCACAGAACCAACUCCAUCAACAUCUACUGCUGCAGCAGAUGACCAAGCUGCUGAUGAUGAUGUUCUGCAGGAACCACCUUCCAAAAUAAAAAGAGAAGUAGAAGAAAGUUGUGCUCUAUCAGAUCUCUUUGGGGAUGUGUUUGUCACCCAUGUGGAGGAAGGUAAGAGUGUCUAUGAGAGAACAGAACUGGAACUUCAAAUGUAUAAAGAGGAUGAAGUUGCCAAUCUUGACUCUGAUCCCUUGAGUUGGUGGAGGGUCAGAGAAGGGAAGUAUCCUUUGCUAUCCAAGUAUGCCAAACAAUGCCUCAGCACACCUGCCACAAGUGUUGCCAGUGAGAGAGUUUUCUCAACAGCAGGGGAUGUUGUUACUGCCCAGAGGGCUUCUUUGAGUAGUGAUAAUGUCAACAUGUUGGUAUUUCUGUCCAAAAACAUUAUCAUCCCUGCUGAUCUGGUCCAGCAGUGAAGUUGAACUGUCUGAACAAUCAACAAUGAACAUUUUCUUGCAAUUGCAAAGUUCUUUCAGUUACUUGAAGCUUGUUUUGAUGUUGAGGGGCUACAGACUCACUACUUAAGUGUUUAAUAAAUGUGUUGAAGUUAAAAAGUGUUGUGUAAUCAUUUACACAGUGGUUGAUUACAGUUUGGAUCAAAUUUUCAUAUAUUUAUGCAAAAUUUCUUAGAUUUGAUAAUCGAAUCGAAAAUAAUC